CCGAGAUGAAGGUGGUUGUUCUCAUGCGGCACAGCAACGAGAAAACAGACAAAGAGGCUGUUCUCAAGCAGGCGCGUUUCAAAGUCAUCAAGGUGACACGCACGCGCGUGACAUCAGACUUUCACGGGCAUUCCAGCGCCAGCCAGCCCCGAGGGGGGGGUUGCGGCGGUGGCGCGCCCGACGAGCACGCGAACCACUCGGACACUCGGACCCCUCCACGCGCGCGCGACCGACGCACAUUCCAUUGCGAUGAUUUUGUUAGGCUGAGUCGUGGCGACGAACGUCGCUGCCUGAGUCCAUCCUAUCGACUAAGUGUGUGUGUGUCUGCUCCGUCGUCAGAUCUGCCGGCGAACCAGAUCAUGAGCGGGGAUGCGCGACACUUUGGUCGUCGCCGAACCAAGGGAGCGCGCCGAAAGGCGAGCGGGGGUUGGACUCCUGUAUCGUCUCGUCUCGUCUCGCCUCGUCUCAAGAGGAGGUUACAGCAUGAAGGAGGGAGUCCCAUGUUACAGAUUAACAGAGAGGGCAACGGCGAGUCGUAUGCCGUGCAUGAUAACUCGGUAGUAGUAGUAGGAGGAUUGCGGGUAGCUGCUCGUCCGUCAUACCUUUUUGUCUUGCGCAUCAGCUGCACGGGGCCGCCGAGUAUAAACACACAGCGGACGAGGCCCGUUUCUUCUUCUUUUCUCUCCCAUGUCAGUGAGCCUCUCUCUCAUCAGUCUCGCGUCUGCCAGAAAUGA